AUGAGCAAUAUCUAUGACAUCUUGACCUCCGACAAUGGCGGUUUUUCUAAUACUAUAACAAAAUGUAUCGAUUAUCUUGAACAGCAUGUUCCUGGAUACGCCUCUAGGUCCUCGUGGCUGGCGUAUUUCAACGACAUAGCUUCCACCAGCAGAGAAGAACUCAUUGACGACUUUUCCAACUUGAGGGUGACUCCAGCCACAACUACGGUUGUUUUGACGACAUUCUUGACGAUUUUGGUCGCCAGUAAGCUUUUAGGUGGUUCGCCUCCUCCUAAAGAAACAAAAAAACCAAAGAAGAAGAAGAAGAGUAAGGCCCAGAUUGCCAACGCUCAAAUUCAGACCAUUUUGGACAAUGUGGAGGAAACAUACGUGGCUCAAAUAGAUGACUACAUUGAGAACUUUGGCCAAUUGAGCAAGGACAAGAAGGAAAACACUUACAAUUACAUUCAGGAAAUGUUGUUGAAGGAGCUUUUGAAGCUAGACGGUAUUGAUAUUGCAGGCAACGAGGUGUUGCGUGACAACAGAAAGAAGGUGAUUCGCUUCAUUCAGGAGCACCAGUCCAGAUUGGAUCAGUUCAAAAAGGACAACCAAACUAGCUAG